CUGGGGUUUGUCGCGUUCGGCCGGUGCCGGGAUGUGGAUUGAAAACCCGGAGCACCAGGUGCGCUUCCUGGCGGAGGCAAACCGCAUGCGGCGCACGGGCGCGCUGUGCGACGUGGUGAUAGCAGUGGGCUCCCGCCGCUUCUACGCACACAAGCUCGUGCUCGCCUGCGUCAGCAAGACACUGGAGGCGCUGUUCAAGCAGCCGAGCCUGCGCUACACGCUGGACUUCCUCACCCCGCUCACCUUCGAGCAGAUCAUGGAGUACGCGUACUCGGGCUCGGUGGAGGUGCAGGCGGACCAGGUCCCGCGCCUGCUGCACGCCUCGCAGCUCCUGCAGAUCGACUGCCUGGUGGAGCUGUGCCUCGGCCUGCACCACGCCGCCGUGCAGGGCCUCUCCCCCGAGGCCCGCCUCGUCAUCGAGAGGGGCCCCUCCACGGUGGGCCCCGCCGACGAGGAGGACGAGGAGGACGACCAAGGCUGCAACAACCCCAACAACAACGGCACCACCACCAUCGUGGCCACGGCGGGCGGCGUCGGCCGCGGCCAACAACGGCGGGGUGGACGUCGACAUGGAGGAGGACGACGGAAGCUCCCGGCUGCACAGCAACGACAUCGUCGCCGCCGCCGAUGA